UGAUUCACAAUGGUUUCCCUCGAACUGAAUUCAAGUUUGGAUUCCCUGGUGGACCAAGAUGAGAUCAACCAUGCCGUGGUGCAGCAGCUGAACUCGGUCUUCGGCAACAACCUCAAGAACCUAGAGAAAGUCUCUGAGCUGGUCCAGGAGUUGACCAAGACGAAGGAUGAACUGGAGAAGAGGUUACGCUUUGCCACUACUGAAGCUCCGGAUAAGAUUACAAAGGCAGUCAAAGCAGCUGAAGAGGCCCUAAAGAAAGAGCGAAGUUUGUGUAUGACCUGUGAUGAUCUCCAACAUCAGGUAGUCGCACACACACAGAAAUAUGGCAAAUUUCUAGAAGAGAUAGGACCAGGAGUUCGCCAGGUGCGGGAGUUAGAACGUGUCCAAUUAUACCAGGAUUUUGUAAAUACAGUGAAUGAUCAGAGCAAAGAGAUUGAAGCAGCUCUUCACAUUGGAGCUGAGGGACAGGCUCUGGUGGGCUAUAGUCAACUCUUGGACACAGCAAAAUCAGUGCAAGGUUCUCAGUGUUUGAAUUUGGUAUCUUUCAUCACCAACACUCUUCUCUACUGGCAUCAAGUGUGCACUCACAGAUUCACCAGUGAAUUUGAGGGUGUAUUGAAGGCCAUCAAAUGGCCCUUUAGCAGUAGCAGCAGUGAAAGUGUACAUCAGCCACCCGCCUCUCAAGAGUCUCUCCAGCGUUUGUGUACCCUCACCCAGUACUUCCUGCAGCUCUCUCUACCAGAUAACAUUGCCAGUGAGAAUUUUAAGCGACCAGACUCUCCUGCCGCCUCCCAAGCUAUUGCUGUGGACUUCGAGUCUCCUGUGCUACCCAUCCGUCUUUUGCUUAGACCAUUGGAGGUGCGCUUCUUUUUCCACUUUAGUGGCAACAAGCCCACAAACAGCCGAGAAAAUCCUGAGUGGUACUUCACUCAAAUUUUGAAGUGGAUCUCUGCCCAUGAGAAUUUUCUAAAUACACGCAUCCAACCAGUUUUAAAUCGGUGUGGUCAUCAAAAUAUUUCGGCAAAAGUGGAGUUCAUGCGAGGUUUGGUGCGGCUGGCUGUCAUCAAGCUAGCGGCUGACCUUCCUCAAGUUCAGUACGAUGAUGACAUUUUCUGUACCACUGUUCAAGAAACCCUCAACUUUGAGCGAGAGAUGAGUCAAACUUAUGGGUACCCGGCCUCACAGCCUUCUGUUCUUUCCGUCUUAACUCAGGGUCGUAUCUUUGCUCGCUGGAUACAUGUGGAAAGAAAGUUUGCCUUGGAGCUGAUGGAUGAGCUUGUGUCAGAUGAAUUAGCCUGGCAGGCAGUGGAGUGUGGCGAGGCAGCACACUGUGGGGAGAGGCUCAUUCUGCUCCUGCAAGGAAUCACUGAUCGAUACAAAAGACUUCCUCAGCCAGGACACAGAUUACAGUUUCUGGAGCUUGAGCUGGAGUUGAUAGAUGACUUCCGUGUGCGCGUGUUGCAGGUGAUGAAGAGUGAGAGACAAGAUCCUCUCACGUCCAACUAUCCUGCCAUCCUCAACACUGUCCACCAUAUCACCACCACACUUCUUGACUGGGCAGACCUCCCUUUCUUUGUUGAAAUGCAGUACUACCAAGAAUGUUUGGGCCAUAUUCAGGAGGAGACAACUGCUGCACUAGCAGGCUACAACACCACUGCUCUACCCUCCACCUCUCCUGAUGAUCCUGCUUCCUUUACCUUUAAUUCUCAUGAGUGUUCUCUUAUGACUUCCUUCAUUUCCCCAGAGCAAAUAGCAAGGCAGGAUGCUCUUGAAUCCUUAAACUUAAAUGCAAAUGUGCCAACAAGUGCCCAGUUAGCAGAGGUCUCGGGUUCAGUUUUUGAUGGCACUAUAAAAUUAUAUACACACAUUGAAGGAGAGAUGGUUCGCACACUUGCUAGCUAUGUCUUCAGUGAGGUCCGUGCCAGAAGUCAGCCAUAUCGCCAAGAUAAAUGGUUCCACACGAUGAACCCGAGACACGUGUUAGACUUCAACAAGAUCAACGAACUCAGUCCGAGCAUCUGCCCUUUAUUGGAGGUGCUUGCUAGGCAUCUGCAUGCUCUCAGAGACAUUCUUGCAUCUUCACUCUUUAUGCAGUUGUGGAAGAUUGUAGCAGAUACACUUAAUAAAUAUGUGUACGAGGAGGUUAUACUGCAGACCAGAUUUAGCGAUGCUGGUGCCAUGCAGUUCAAGUUUGAUAUGACUCGAGGAUUGUUUCCCAUUUUUGGAGCAUUUACACAAAAACCUGAAAAUUUCUUCAGACUAGUAAAGGAAUGUGUAAUUCUGCUGACGCUGCCACAUCCAACAGCAUUCCUCCUGCGUGAUACUAUCCGCAUGUGGCAAGAUGACCUGGAUACCUUUAGCUUGGUUGUGUCCCCAGUUAAGGCCUUAGCUGAACAUGGUGUCACUCUGCUAACACCAAAGGAAGCUGACACAGUGUUCAAUAUUAGAAUAUAUGACAGAGACUGAUGUGACAUUUUUGACAACAAAAAAUACAUAUACAACUAUAAGUAUUAUAGAUGGCAAUCACUGGCGAGACAAAAUAACUCAUCUGUAUAUUUGGUAAUGCAAAUCCUAGUUUGUCUUGAUCAGUGGAGGAGGUACAUGUGUUCUCUUACAUAUUUGUUGGAUAAUUUAGAUAAUUUGUUUGGGUUUUGUCAUUAAAAGGUUAUUACUUAUUUCUUUAAUAAAGAAAUUAAAAAAAAUCCUUGCACUUCAAAGGCCAACUAAACUACAGGUGAGAGCCCCUUCAGUGGGUGGUUCUUUGACAAGGUGAGGAAUUCUCUUGUGCACCACCUGCAGGUAUGAGGGGGCAGCUCCUGCCUGCUGUAAGAGUACACAAGUGAAGUACACUCCCAUGUGUGCACUAUGCAUGAAGUUCACUCCAUGCUCUCUUCCCUGCCCAUCUUGUCUGUCCCUCACUCCCUCUUACUUUUCAUGACACUAAAUAAACACACACUGCUCUGUUUCUCACUAUGCCUCCCAUGACAUACAGAAGUGUGUUUCUUAGUGGAAUUUGGACUGCUUGGGCUGUGUUACCUGGAAGUGGCACCAACACCAAAAUACACCAGUAAUUUUUUCCAAGAUGACUUCUGUUUCCUGGAGGAUUGAGAAAGGAAAUGUGGGCCCCACGUAUCUGUGGAACUUUUAAAUCAUUCUCUAGACCUAAAGGCAUCUCUGGUCACUCUGCACCAUCAUUAAAGUGAUGUGAGGCACCCCUGAACGCUAUGUGCAGAUGAAGGGUUAAAGGACUUUCCCUAAGGAUUUUAGUCCUGUUGUCUUUCAGUUGAUAUUUUCUCAGACUUUUUAUGUUAAUGAUCUCUCACACUGGUUUCACAGAGAUAAUCUUCCUUUCCUCCAACACUAGCUUCAACUUGCGAUCGAUAGAUUGUCCUUCUGGGCCACCACUCAUUGCUUCAAGUUCUAUCCAGCUAAGACAUGUGCUAUAACUUAGAGGUGUGUUGUUCUUUGUCAUGCUAUGUAAAUCUCAUGAUCACUAAAUGGAACAACUUCCUGUUUCCCCUUUUGUCCGAACUGUAUUGUUCCACAGUCAUGCACUCCUGGUAGAAUGCCAAUUUUUGAGAUGUUCGUAUGUCUUUUCCAAUCUUCCUGGAGGUCAUUUGUCCCUUGAUAGAAACCUUGGUGAAUCCGAUACCUUUGAUAUUGCUUUCCUUAUAUCCCUUAUAUUCUGUUCUCAUAUUAGUGUCUUGGGUGAUAUUUAGCACCUCUUGCAUAUGUAGCACCUUUUGAAUAUCUAGCAACACUGUACUGGGUACUGUGUAACUACCCAACUUGGCACCACCUUUUAAUAAUUACUUACUGUUACUUUUCCUGGAAUAUUUUCCCUUACUCACACUUCAUUGCUCUGUUUACUGAUAGGUCAAAGUCUGCCGACUGUGUUUGCUACUCUGUAGCUUUUCCUGAUCAAACCUGUAUGUGUUGCCUACUUCCGGAGCAUCUUCACAGCAGAACUUUAUGGGGAUUUGUAUGCUCUUUAUCAGCUGCUUUCUCAUCAUUAAUGUUCUUGUCAUUGUGGUUCUCUCUUGCAGUGCCCUCAUGACUGGGAGUAUUUAAUCCCUUACAUCCUGUGGUGGUUGUAAUACAAUACUGGCCAUUUCUUAUCUAUA